UAUACAUAUAUAUAUAUAUGGAUGACUGAGCAUGCAUGAAGACGAUAGAGCUUAUCCUAUCACAGUAGAUUGUAUGUAGGACAUAUCAGUGACCUGAGCUACAGAGAAGUGAAGUAAAAUAUCUGAACACACUGAGUCUGAGUUACAGUCAUACUAAGACUGCAUAUUUCAACAUAGUGAAUCAAACAUGCUUCAUUCUUCAGGUCCAGGAGUCACAGUGAAUGUCUCAGAAGAAAGUGAUGUCAUCUUACCCUGCUCCCUCGGCACCAAUCAGAACCUUGAACAGAAGCUGUUUGAUUGGAGGAAAAAAGCACCAACUAAACAGGAGGUGUUCAUGUAUGAUGGAGGCCUUCAUUACAAUAAUGGACGUCGAGGUCAAGACGAGCACUUCAGAGGACGGGUCUCACAUUUUCCACAAGAGCUGCAGUUUGGUAACGCCUCCAUCAUCAUCAGAAACACCACGGUGGCUGACAGUGGAGUCUACACCUGUGAUUUUCCACGUCUGCAGCCACAACAAAGAUUCUGCAUUAAACUUGUUGUUGAACUGACCUUGAAAGAUCGAUCAGGAGAAAUCCCAGGGAGACGACCUGGAGGUCGAGGGCACAACAGUCCAUAGUUCAAAUGUUCAGGGGCCGGCCAAGAGUCCAACAGUGGUGACGGAUCAGAUCAGGGGGCUGGCGACAACCUCUGGCUGGGUCAAGACAAGAGCAUCAUCUGCAGCAUGCCGGCUGCAGGCGAUGGAGCAGGUGGUGGCGCUGCAAACGAUGGCGUGGACAAUGCCACCUGGGUUUAAAUGAGUCUAGUUUUUCUUGUUUUUUAAUUUAGGUUUGACAGGGGAGAGCAGUGUGAACAUCGCCACGGACAGAGAGUGAAGCAGAUAAUUAAUUUAAACACACACACAAUAAACAAAGUACCUGUGAAUAAAUACAAGAUGUAAACAUUCUACGUUCUACGUUGUACGUUCUAUUAUUUGUAUUUCCACUGUAUUUUUUCUUUCCUCUCU